AUGGAGGGAAAGGUUCUUGAGACAGAGUACUACGACCUGCUGGGUGUGAGCCCUACGGCCACCACGGCGCAGAUCAAGAAGGGGUACUAUCAGGCCGCGAAGGUUCAUCAUCCCGACAAGGGCGGCAGCGAAGAUACGUUUAAAGCGAUUUCUGUCGCGUAUGAGGUCCUGUCCGACCCCGAGAAGAGGGAACGGUACAAUAAGUACGGCAAGGUGGUGUUUGAAAAGGGCGAUGACAUCUUCUCCGACCCGCGCGAGCUGUUCAAGGACAUGUUUGGUGGUGAGAAGUUCAAGGAGUUCUUUGGUGAAGUCUCUUUCGAGCACUUCUCGGCCACCUCGGACCCUGGUGAGCAGGAGGCGCACCGAAUCAUCACUCUCCGAGCACAGCUUCUCUCGAAACUUGAGCUCUACCUGGAGGGCAGCGAAGAGGAAUUCAAGCAGUCGCUCACCAAACAAGCGGCAGAGCUGAAGGACGAGGAUCGAGGCGCUGAGCUGCUCUACCAUGUCGGCUACGUGUAUCGGUCAGAGGCCAAGCAGCACUUGGGUGGCAUCGGUGGCACCUUUGCCGAAUGGCGCGAGAAGGCGCACAUGAUCAAGGAAACCUGGGGAGCACUCAAGUCCGCCAUUCGCCUGGAAGUGGCGCAGCAGGAACUUCAGGCUAAGCAGAUGGAGGGCGAGCUGGGAACACAGACCGAAGAGCAGGCCGAGCUCGAGGCUGCCAUCGAAAGCGAAGGCAUGGGUGCCCUCUUCCGAAUGGGCAAGCUCGAAACCGAGAACACUAUGCGAAAGGUAUGCGAGUCGGUGUUGGGCGACCUGGACAUCUCCAAGGCCGAGCGGAGGAGACGCGCCAAGGGUCUGCGAAUCAUGGGCGAGAUCUAUGAGAAGGUGGGCGCCACCGAGUACAGGCGAAAGCUCAAGGAGGAGGAGAAGAAGAGGAAGGAGGAAGCCGAUGCCGGCGGCCACAAGGGCAAGGAGAAGGCCGAGACCGAGUCAUCCAAGGACGAAGCCGACGAAGCGCUUGCCGCCGAACCUCCCGUGCCCAGCAACAGCAACGAAGAUAUUGACUGA